AUGAUUCAAGAUAAGUAUGAUCCAAGCGGAUAGGGCAUGUUUAGCAAAUCUGGAAGAUAAAGCGGAGAUGCUAGAACCAUGCUUGAAAGAGUUAUUAAUUCACAAACAACAAAGAAUAAAAAGAAGGAAUCAUUUUUAGCAAAUCAGAAUCCUUACUCAAAUUUGUUUGAUGAAAUAGAAGCCCUCACAAAAGAAAGCUAAUUAAAUAGGCCAAAUACAGCUAAUAUAUAAAAUUAAAGAAGUUAUUUCCAUGAUUAUUAGAUAACAAUUAAAGAAAAAAUUGAUACUGCAAAUAAAAUGGAGCCAUUUUAGAAAUAAAUUAGCCGUGAAUAAUAUAAUAGACCUUUUUCCUAAAAAUAAGAAGUUAGAAGCAAAAAAAAAGGUGGGUUUAUUUAUGUUAAUCCAGAUCCAUUAAAAAAGAGGCCAUAGUUAGUUUGGGACAUUUUAAAGGUUUAUAAAACCUAGCAGAAAUUCAAGUAAUAAACAUAGUAAAAUAUAUUAGCUUCAUAAUGCUAGUAAUAGUAGUAAAGCACAAUAAACUAAGCUCGUCAAUCUGUGAUGCAAAAUAACUCUAAGGAGUAAGCAGCAACCCUUGAUCAAAGUAUGGUGCUUACUCGAUCUUUUUUGCAAUCACCUUCAAAGAGAAGCAAAGAAUAGUAAAAAACGCCUAAUAACUAAAAAACACCAAUAAAAAUAAAUACAUAAUAGAGUUUUUGUAAAUCAUAUUUAGAUAAAUCCUAUGAUUAAGUGAAUUAAUAAUCCCAUUCGUAAUCACCUGAGAAAGCCAAUAAUGAAAUAAUUGCCUAUCCAGAGAGAGUAAAAAGAAAGGUUUCUGGUUUUAUAGAUUUUAAAAGACAGCUCAAUAGAUCUAAAGAUAGUUACGAUAAAUUUUAUAAAGUGAAUGAGAAGAGAUUUGAAUAUUUAAAUGAAUCUUAAGUCAGCUCGAAAGUGAAACAUUUAAGAGAUUUGUCGUUUAAUAAAUAAUUAAAUAGAGAAGUAGUUAGUACUUUUAAACCUGUUGAGAAAAUACCAGAUAAUGGAUAUCAGCCUAACUUUGAGGUUACUAAGAAGUCAUUAGGCCGAGUGGGUCCAAAUUUCAGCAAAAUCUCUCCACAUAAAUCUCUCGAAAAUAAAUUAGUAGGUGUGUACUAAGGAGUUCAUUAUGAAUAUGAUUAGUGGGUAAAAAACCCAAACAAAAAAUCCAUAGUCUAUAAAAACAAUAAGCUUAACAUAAUUCCUUUCGAGAAGCAAUUGCCAAGAGAAUAAUGUCCAAAUCACGCUCUACCAGGAUAUAUGCAAAAUGUCAGAUCUAGGAUUAGUUUACAAGAUCUAAGUUAAAAAAUGCUAGAGGAAAAUAGCUAUAUGGAUUAAAAGUUUUUGAACAUGAAUUCAGUCUUUUCAACAAAAAGUAGUAUGAGUAGGUAAUCAACAAAGAGCAUAACAUAGCAAAACUUUUUUAUAUCUGGUUAAAUGGUUAAAUCUCCUUCUUAAAAGGAGAGAAGGUAAACAGCUAAUAGCAGCUGCAAAAAUGGAAGAAAUUUCUAGAGAAAUGGCUCUUUUGUUUCUGCUUAAAUUACAAAUCAUUCAUUUUACUAUUGA